AUGCUGGAGCGAGGCUCAGAGUCCGAGGCCGGGGGCUCCGACCCCAGUUCCAGUAACAAACAAACAACCACUAAAGGAGAUGUUUCCCACCAGGGUCCGCUGCAGAAGUCCAGCCGCCCUGCUCCAGGGCCCGCCACGCCCUCGGGGGUAAUUUCCCGUCCCCGCCGGCGCCCCCCGCCCCAACGCCCGCACCGCUGCCCCGACUGCGACAAGGCUUUCUCCUAUCCGUCCAAGCUGGCCACCCACAGGCUGGCCCACGGUGGCGCCCGCCCCCACCCAUGCCCCGACUGCCCCAAAGCCUUCUCCUAUCCCUCCAAGCUAGCUGCCCACCGCCUCACGCACAGCGGCGUGCGCCCUCACUCGUGCCCACACUGCCCAAAAGCUUUCGGCCACCGCUCCAAGCUGGCGGCACACCUCUGGACGCACGCGCCAGCCCGCCCCUACCCGUGCCCAGACUGCCCUAAGUCCUUCUGUUAUCCCUCCAAGCUAGCAGCCCACCGCCACACGCACCAUGCCACCGACGCCCGCCCCUAUCCAUGCCCGCACUGCCCCAAGGCUUUUUCGUUCCCUUCCAAACUGGCUGCCCAUCGCCUGUGCCACGAUCCCCCCACCGCGCCCGGCAGCCAGGCCAGUGCCCGGCACCGAUGUUCCAGCUGCAGCCAGGCUUUUGGACAGCGACGCCUCCUGCUCCUUCACCAACGCAGCCACCACCAGGUGGAGGGUCAAGGAGAGCGCGAGUGA